AUGGGCCUUGUAACAAACGUCAGUAUAGCAAGUGCCAUUUCCAUAAUAGUUGUACUGACAUGUGUUAUUGCUUUGACUCAUCUGGUUAAUGAUUUGAACUCACUGUACGAUGAAAUUAUGAGCGACACUCAAGAAAUUAAGGUCAUUAACGAAAACACAUGGAAUGGAAUGUUGCAGUUGCGAGCGCGGAAGACAUCCAGAAAUAACACAAGCCGACCAAUUCAUCAAUUUUUUCUGCGCCGUAACCUGAAGACAAAAAGAUCUUUUGCUUCACAACAGUGUGAAUGCGGUCAGAAUCCCAACAAAUGUCCACGUGGUAAACAAGGCCUACAAGGCGAAAAAGGAGAACUAGGAGGUCGACUUUGUUUUAUUUCAACACAGGAACCGGGUGAACCAGGCACACCAGGGCUACCAGGUGUUGCUGGUAUUAUCGCUGUUCUAAAUUUGCCGGAGUCAGGCUGUGUUCAGUGCCCAGCUGGACCGAGUGGACCACGAGGUCCCGAUGGACAGCCAGGUGAAGUUGGCUGUCCAGGCAAACCUGGAAUUGACGGAGUGCAAGGAAGAGAUGGAAUUCCAGGACUUCCAGGUCCACCUGGUGAUGCCGGAGAACCAGGUAAGCAAGGUCAACCGGGACUUGACGGCUCACCGGGAAAAAGCACUAUAAGGUAUAUUCCGAUACCUGGUGAUCAAGGUGCGGUUGGUGAGCGUGGAAGACCUGGAAAGCCAGGUGAACACGGAAGAAGUGGUUUUCCCGGAGAUCUGGGUGAAGUUGGUUCUCCCGGACCAGAGGGCUUACCUGGAAACGUCGGUACAUCAGGUUUACCAGGAAGACAAGGCGAACCUGGACUACCUGGACCUGAAACAUAUUACUGCCCUUGCCCAAUGUUGAAGAUAUAA